AUGGUUGGGCAAGCAUUGACUUCUGUUGCCAUCAUUGGCGGAGGCCCUGGGGGAUUAGGGACUGCCAUUGCUCUUUCUCAACUACCUUUCUUGAAAGUGACCCUUUACGAGAAAAACCCAGAACCAAGAGAGGCUGGAGCUGGAAUUAGUUUAACCACAAAUGCGUGGAAGGUCUUAGAUCUCCUCGGCGCAAGCGAGGGGGUCAAAGGAGGAUCGAAGUCAAACACACACCAGAGAAAUGCAUAUACAGGGAAAGUUUUGAGCGUUGUCGAGAAUCCGGAAAACUCCGAGGGACAGUCUCGGGGAGCGAUUCGUGCCCGCAGGACUCGACUGCAGUCUGCACUGUUGGCUCAGGUACCCGAGGGCAUUAUCCAAUACAGCAGAAAGCUUGUAGCAUUGGAGAAUCUACCGGGGCAGAGUACCCGCUUGAUAUUUGACGAUCAAACGGAGGCAAUCGCACACCUUGUAGUCGGGGCUGAUGGACUUCAUUCUAUCAUUCGAAAGACUCUUUUCAAAGACCACGAGCUUCGUUUUACUGGCAACAGUGCAUUCCGUGUCCUUGUGCCCAAAUCGCGUCUAGCCCACAUUCCCGAUAUCACUUCCACAACUUCGUGGUGGUGGGGCGAAGAUGGCCAUGUAUAUCUCUCCGAUGUGGAUGAAGAGGGAGAGAAUGACCAUCCACUUUUUGAAAUUACAGUAAGAUCUUACAAUGAGCCCAACGUCUCGGGAAAAACAGUCUUUUGGGGUAUUCCAGCCACCAACCAAAAAGUGGGAUCUCGCGUCGAGAAAUUCGAUCAAAGAUUGAGAGAUGCCGUGAGUGCAGUUCAGGAAGGGGAAUGGAGAGAAUUCGCAACAUUUGCAGGACCUCGACUGGAUAAAAUUACAGGUUGGAAGAAGAUUGCACUGAUUGGAGAUGCCAGCCACCCUCUCUCAGGUGCGUUUGGAUCUGGGGCAACGUUUGCAAUGGAAGAUGGGUGGAUUCUCGCUCGGGCCCUUGAGCUCACGCAACAAUCUUCCCACCCCGUGCAAGACGCUCUCAAAAUUUUUGAUCAGAUUCGGUCUCCAUAUUACUCAAAGAUGUAUCACCACUUAGAUGAGACCAAGGCUAAAUUGCAAGCAUCCAAAGCCGAGACGGACAGUUUUGACGCUUUUCUCCAAAACAAGAUUGAUACUUUCCUCUACGGAGAUAAGGACUUUAUCUACAAAAACGACAUUCAGAAGAUGAUCAUUUAUAUGUGGAGAAAGCGAGGGUUCUGUAACCCGUCUGGGACUACAAUGCUGCAAUCGAAGCUUGUUCUAGAAACAAAAUUCUCCGAAUGCCUAAGUGAAUUUGACCCCAAUUACUAUAAUGGGAGCAAGUCAACAAUUCAGCCUGGUGGGGUCAUUAUCAUGCUCCAAGACCGCCAUCCCACCAGUGAGAUUUUCAAGACUCCAGCACGGUCUUUCGCUAAUCAGCGCCAGCUAUGGCACCAACGGAGAAUUGGCCAAGAUUGGUGGAUGAUCACCGAAAAAAAAAAAGAGAAGUCAGGGUCCCCCAAAAUGGUGCGCUCCUCACCAACAUCGAAGCAACCCGAUCUCGCGACCACCGUGAUCGAUUCAAAUUCUCAAGAUGAAGUUCCGGUUUCCAAAUCAGCCAAGAGAACAUUCAGAUCUUUUAUCUGGGAUACAGACUCACAUCUAAAAUCCCCAGAGGAGAAACGUCUCCUUCUCAAGCUCGAUGCGGCGAUUCUCAGCAUCGGGUGUUUAGGAUUCUUUAUGAAAUAUCUCGACCAGGGUAAUCUCUCCAAUGCAUAUGUCUCGGGAUUACAAGAGGUUUUGUCUAUGUAUGGCAAUGAGUACACAUACGCACAGACAGUGUACACCGUCGCCUACGCAGCCAUGCAGAUACCCAGUACAAUCAUCGUCCAGCGCGUGAGGCCGAGUAUUUGGCUUGCAGCAAUGGAAGUCGGUUGGGCCAUCUUCACAUUUGCACAAGCUGCAAUGAACAACGUGAGCGAGCUAUACGCUUUCAGAUUCUUGGUUGGAUUUUUCGAGAGUUCGUUCUUCCCUGUUUUGCUUUACGUUCUUGGAAGUUGGUACACAAAAACAGAGUUGGCGAAACGAGUUGCCCUGUUCCAUAUGACCGCGCCGCUAGGAUCUGCAUUUGGUGGAUAUUUACAGGCCGCAGUCUACAAGAACAUGAAUGGGGCUCAUGGUCUUGCUGGGUGGAGGUGGCUAUAUCUCAUUUGCGGGUGUAUGACUCUUCCUGUCGGCAUCGCAACUUACUUUCUGCUCCCCGAUACACCACACACCACCCGCGUAUGGUUCCUCUCCAAGAGAGAACGUGAACUUGCACAAGAACGGGUUCUGAAAGCUGGCAAGGCGGCACCUGUCAAAAUCACCCUCCACACAUUCAAGAAAAUUCUUGGAUCGUGGAAGUGGUAUGCAUUUGUUUUGGGAUACGUGCUCUAUGGGUCCUCUUGCGGAGCCAGCAGUUACUUUGGUAUUUGGCUCAAAUCCGAAGGCUUUUCCGUGGUUGAUCGAAACCUUAUCCCAACGGGGACAUCCCUCAUCUCUGCGGCUUGCGUCGUGCUAUGGGGCUUCCUUUCGGAUUAUACGGACACAAAGAGCUUCACUGACAAGUGUGUCUCGCGACAGAUUUUCGGAAUGUUACCCAAUGGAAUAUUAGCAUUUUGGCCGGAGAGUUUGCGGCUAAAGGAAUUCGCAUUCCUCACAGUCGCUGUCCAGCUCAUGACAGCUGUGUUCUACACUUGGGCCAACGAAGUGUGUGCUGGAGAUAACGAGGAGCGAGCAGUUGUUGUCAGCAGUAUGAAUGGCUUCCAAUACGCCGUGGCCGCCUGGUUGCCUAUUGUGAUCUUCCCACAGACCAUGGCCCCCACAUUCAGAUAUGGGUUCCCCGCAACAUUCGGGUUGGUGAUUGCUGCAAUCAUCAGUGUCAUUGGAAUUCAGGUGCUCGUCAAAAUCAAAGGCAUCGGAGUUUCUCAGUCCGAGGAUGACCGAGAAACAGAAUAA